AUGACGGUUGUGCCCACGACGCCGCAGAUCUUACAAGAGUUUAAUUCGCAUAGCAAGGUCGACCAGACCUUGCUCGUCACGAUUUGGGAGCUUGGAGAAGGAAUUGGUCCGUUUUUCAUUGCACCGCUCUCCGAAAGAUUCGGUCGGCUUCCUGUCUUCCAUAUUGGAAAUUUCCUCGCGCUCCUUUGCUUGAUCGCCAGCGCCCUGAGCGUAAACAUUCCCAUGUUGAUUGCGUUCCGAUUCCUAACGGGUUGCUUCCUGUCGAUUCUCACUCUCGGACCCGCCAUCGUCGGGGAUCUGUUCGAAAUGGAACGAACCGGCCAGGCAAUGGCAUUGGUUAUGGGGACUCAAAUGAUAGCUGAUUUUAUCUCACCUAUCGCCGGAUCGUAUAUCGCACAGAGCCUGGGUUGGCGAUGGUCGAUUUGGCUGGCAGCUAUCAUACUUGGAUUCUUCAGCUUUCUAUUGCUGACUGUGCUCCGGGAAACAUACACAGUGGUGAUUCUGAGGCGAAAGGCGGAGAAGUUGCAAGAGGAGCGUGCGGAUGAGAAGAAGUAUCAUUCGAAACACCAAGCCCUUGUCGAUGAAUCUACCAUGCUCGAAAGCGCCAUAAAACCAAUGCAGAUACUGGCACAGUCCCCCAUCCUCAUUCUGACCACAAGCUACAUGGCCAUAACAUACGCAUUGGUCUCAUUGAUUCUUUCCACGCUCACGGAAAACAUGGAAACGACGUACCCCAAUGUGUUCUCUAGCGGCUCUGUUGGCUUGACUUUUUUGAGUCUCGCGAUCGGCAACACCGUCGCUUUGAUCUUCUACAGUGUCACUUCCGACCGCUACAUGAUCCACCAGCGAGAAACGAAGGGCGACGCAUUCAAACAGGAAUCCCGACUGGUUCAUCUAAUUUUUGCCGCAAUAAUUCUUCCCAUCGGCUUCCUGGUCUACGGAUGGACAUUACAUUUCCAUGUUCAAUACAUCGUGCCGCUCAUCGGGACGUGCGCUGCAGGAUUCAGCAUGACGCUUUCUGCCAUACCGGCUGAGACAUAUGUGGUGGAUGUUUAUGAAAUUCAUGGUGCAUCCGCUAUAGCUGGUGGUGUCAUCUUCCGAGCGAUUACUGGCGCCUUUCUGCCAUUGAUUGGCCCGGCUUUAUAUGAUAGUAUUGGACAGGGCUGGGGUAACACCGUUCUAGCUUUGAUCGCAGCCGCUUUUAUUCCUCCUUUGGGCUUACUGAUGAGGUACGGAUACUGGUUCCAUAGUAAAGAACGGUUUGGAAAGUCUAGGCGAUAG